UCAAUCAAUUACCGAACGAGCUGAUGCGACGUUAAAAAAAACAAGUAGAAAAAAAAAAGAACACAUUGCGCACAGUGAUGUAAUCUUCAAGGCAAGUGUCGCGCGAGGACCUCCCUCGUACGUGUGCCACGCGCCGUGGAACGCGCUGUUGUUCGCGCACUCGUCCACGGGAUGGCGCGCCUCGCCUCCAGCUUACGGCAGGGAACGAACGAGCCUCCCUCACCACCCGCCCCGCGCGCGCUCCGGCUCCACUCCCACGGGAGUACAAACUCCACUGACGUCAUCCGAAGUGAAAGGAGGAAGCCGAGCGCUGGCGCGAGCCCGCGAGCUGUCAGUAACUAGUUGUAGCUUCGGCGACAGUGGGGGAAAAGGCUGCAGCGGGUCGAGGAGCUCCAGUGAGUGGCCACCUCCGAAGGGCAGUGCGGAACACAGCGUGAAGAAGAAGAAGAAGGCGCAGUCUGAGCGGGACUCGGGGUUCGGACACCGUCUUUCUGCCAUGGCUGAUGUUAUACACACGGACGACCCGUCCUCGGCGGACGUCGCGAACCGCUUCGCCCGCAAAGGCGCUCUAAGGCAGAAGAACGUGCAUGAGGUGAAGAACCACAAGUUUAUCGCCAGGUUCUUCAAGCAGCCCACCUUCUGCAGCCACUGCACCGACUUCAUCUGGGGAUUUGGAAAGCAGGGGUUCCAGUGCCAAGUUUGCUGUUUCGUGGUCCACAAGAGGUGCCAUGAGUUUGUCACAUUCACCUGCCCUGGAGCAGACAAGGGCCCUGACACAGAUGACCCCAGGAGCAAGCACAAGUUUAAGAUCCACACAUAUGGCAGCCCAACAUUCUGCGAUCACUGCGGCUCGCUCCUCUACGGGCUCAUCCACCAGGGGAUGAAGUGCGACACCUGUGACAUGAACGUGCACAAGCAGUGCGUGAUGAACGUGCCCAGCCUGUGCGGAACGGACCACACGGAGCGCCGUGGCCGGAUCUACCUAAAGUGCGAAGUGUCCGGAGAGAAGCUCCAUGUGACAGUGGGCGAGGGCAGAAAUCUGAUCCCCAUGGAUCCCAACGGGCUGUCGGACCCGUACGUCAAACUGAAGCUCAUCCCUGACCCUAAGAAUGAGACCAAGCAGAAGACCAAGACUAUCCGCUCCUCCUUAAACCCCAUCUGGAACGAGUCCUUUACCUUUAAGUUGAAGCCUGCAGACAAAGACCGCCGGCUCUCGGUGGAGGUGUGGGAUUGGGAUCGGACCACCCGCAAUGACUUCAUGGGCUCUCUGUCCUUCGGUGUGUCGGAGCUGAUGAAGUCUCCGGCGUAUGGCUGGUACAAGCUGCUGAACCAGGAGGAAGGCGAGUACUACAAUGUUCCCAUCUCAGAAGAAAAUGACGGCAACCUGGAGCUCAGACAGAAGUUCGAGAAAGCCAGGCUGGGGCCAGGGACGAAGGUGAUCGACACCACAGAUGACAGCAGGGGCACUCAGCUGCCCUCCAGCAACCUGGACAGUGUCAAGCUGACAGACUUCAACUUCCUGGCUGUGCUGGGGAAAGGCAGCUUUGGCAAGGUGAUGCUGGCAGAGAUGAAGUCCACGGAGGAGCUGUACGCCAUCAAGAUCCUGAAGAAGGACGUGGUGAUUCAGGACGAUGACGUCGAGUGCACCAUGGUGGAGAAGAGAGUGCUGGCCCAGCAAGAGAAGCCACACUUCCUGACACAGCUGCACUCCUGCUUCCAGACCGUGGACCGCCUCUACUUUGUCAUGGAGUACGUGAACGGAGGAGACCUCAUGUACCACAUCCAGCAAGUGGGGAAGUUCAAGGAGCCACAGGCAGUGUUCUAUGCAGCAGAGAUUGCUGUUGGCCUGUUUUUCCUGCACAAGAAGGGCGUCAUUUACAGAGACCUGAAGCUGGACAACGUCAUGUUGGAUUCUGAGGGCCACAUUAAGAUCGCUGACUUCGGCAUGUGCAAGGAGAACAUAAUGGAGGGGAUUACAACGCGGACCUUCUGCGGGACCCCAGAUUACAUCGCCCCCGAGAUAAUCGCGUAUCAGCCAUACAAUAGAUCGGUUGACUGGUGGGCCUACGGAGUGCUUCUGUACGAGAUGCUGGCUGGACAGCCUCCUUUUGAUGGUGAAGAUGAGGAUGAGCUCUUCCAGUCCAUCAUGGAGCACAAUGUGUCCUACCCCAAGUCCAUGUCCAAGGAGGCUGUGUCCAUCUGUAAAGGACUGAUGACCAAGCACCCGUCCAAGCGGCUGGGCUGCGGACCCGAGGGAGAGCGGGACGUCCGGGAGCACGCUUUCUUCCGCCGCAUUGACUGGGAGCGCCUGGCAAACCGCGAGAUCCAGCCGCCCUUCAAGCCCAAAGUGUGUGGCAAAGGAGCAGAGAACUUUGACAAGUUCUUCACGCGCACCCAACCCAUGCUGACGCCCCCGGAUCAGCUUGUCAUCGCCAACAUCGACCAGACUGAGUUUGCUGGCUUCUCCUUCAUCAACAGCCAGUUCAUGCAUCCCUCCCGGCACAGCAUGGUAUGAAGCAGAAGGACGGGUUGGACACGUGCGCUGGAAUAGCCGCCAGCUCAAUGAAAUGACCCGCAGCUCCCCCAACCCCUUGACGUUAAAACAAUACGUGUGUCAGUUUAGCAUUUUCCUGUUGUGUACAAUAAUGUCAGUCUGAUAACAUAUCAAAGGAAGAAAAGAGUCCACAGUUUUCACACCUCCUUUGCAUUAGUUCUAGAACAGGUAUCUGAAAUUUGCAUUGUUAGAAUCGAACAGCAAAAAGUUACAAAGAUAAUUCACCCGAGAAUUGUAUUGUGUUUGGAAGAAACCAUUUCUAGCCACUGAGAACUGCUUGAGAUGCCUGGGUUAAGCUUGCGAUGCUUUCUGUGUACUGAAAACAACUGUAACCAUGACAACGCGGCACGGAUGAAGAAGUCUGUAGAUCCUUUUGUUCAGAUCCCGUCGGGGGCGAUUCAGUGAGGUGUCUGUGUGACUCCUCCUGUUCGGUGAUAAUUUGAGCUUCCUGCAUCUGGUCCUGUUGAGUAUCUCUGUGUGGCAGAGGUGUAUCAGGCGCGGUAGAUGUGUGCGUGUGUGUUUCUCCCCGGCUUGCUUUGUGAACAUAGUAACUGCCCCACCCAAGCUGUCAAAGGGCCGCUGCCCACGAAGGCGUGGGGUUCAUUAUUUGCUAUUCAUAUCUGUCAAAGUACGGGACGCCUCUCUCCUACAGCAAAAUCAGUUGUCCCUAAAAUGUAUGUCCCGUAAGGAAAGAGCGAUGCCUAGGACAGCGUUUUUGUCCGAGGUGUGCCAAAAAUGGACUUGUGGCAAUUGAUCAGUGAUGUGCACCUGCAUAGAGGAACGCCAAUGGCUGGAGGUGGCGGUCCUCUGUCGACGUAGUAAUGUCCAAACCCAGGUAACGUCAUGUUCACCGUGUGCGUCAUCAGCCCCUACUGACUGAGACUGAAAAAGACAAAAUCGUAAACCGUGUUCCUGUAAACAUUCCGUCGUGAGCAUAGUAAAGUACUUUCUCAUACAGACCUUUCUAGUAGCUCUCGUUUUCACUUUGGGGGGGGGGGGUUUGCUAGCAUAACCAAAUUAUUAUAUUUUUCCUAGUAUGAUAUAACCCUAACCCUUAAUAGAAUAUACAGAAACAAUGGCACUUGAAUACUGUCAUGUCAUCACAUUUACCAUGUAAAAUUCUGUUAGUGGAUAAAAAUACUGUAUAACAUAUAAUAUAUAAUUACUUUAUGAAAAUAUAAGAAACUGUGGUUGAUGUUUUCCUGGAAAGCUGCAUUUAAAUUUACCGAAUAGAAGGGGGCAUUGUUUGCAUAUGUACCGUGGCAUUGUAGCUCCUUCUAGUUCCUUAGACAUUGACAUCAUCCCAUUAUAUAAAGUUUAAAAGAGAGUAUUAUAUUACUAAAUCCUAUGUGAUAUAAAUUUUAUUUGCUUCAGUAUGAACUUGGAGAUUCAUUUAAUUAGUAUUUAAAUUAUAAGUCCAUUAUUUUUAAUGUGCUAUCACGGCUGUUUUGACCACUUAUCACAUGUGUACCAUUAGUACGCUCUGGAGUAUUUACUAUUUUGUAAAUAUUAAGAUGUCAUUUCAAAGAUUUGCAGUUUUUAUACCAAGAAGUGAAUGUGCUUUUAUUACAUUACAUACUUAAACAUGUAAAAAUGAUCCAAAAGGAGAUCUCUUUGUAAAAAUUGGGUAAAAGUCUUGAGUAGCUUUGUUAUGACUAAACUAUGUAGAAUGUCUACGGGGACCUAAGUUUUGCAGAUUUAUCAAAUGCUCUUUUUUCGAUGUUGUCCGGACGUAUCUGGAUUUGGUAGCCGUGUGCGAGUUGUCCGAACGCGUGCUUUGGCUGGUGCCGCCGCUGCGCUUCGCCCUCCUGGUCUGCAUGCAGCGACAGGAAAACAAAUGCAUGUGAGUAGCAACGAGCGUCGCAUGGUAUGUCGACGCCAGGUCUUAAAGCAUGGAACUAGCACAUCGUUCCGAGCGAGACUCUCCUCGCCGCUUUGGUGCGCUCUUCAUCCUUGUCUACCCUUUUGGUUGCGCCUUCCUUUCCGUGUAUUUCACUGCCCGUGACACAACGAAAUUUCAGAAGAGACGUAAAGAAUCAUCCAUGUCUUGAAUCUGGUAUCAACUAUUAAUGGGAAGCUGUAUUUCCCUUCUGUUUUUCUGUUAAAUGCGAGUUUUGUUCUAACCUCUCAGCCUACGUCUGUGCCAAUUCUGUAACACAUAGAACCCUUGAGAGCAGUCUUGCACUAGAAAUAGACUGCCGCACUGACCGCUCUGAGUAGCUUGAGUGUCCAAGCGAAUGUAGGAAGACUCGUUUGUCUCUCUGUGAAACUCCAAACGCUUCCUAGCAAUGCAGCGUAACGGCAGUUAUUGUGCGUUGCUGUCGAUUGUCGGGCCACUCGAAGCUGAAGGCCAAGCUAUCUCCAGCCGCUCGCGCCGGACACACUUCAGGGUUUUGUUAGCGUGCGUUUGUGAGCAGCUCCAGUGGGAUUACUGUUCGCCAGCCACCCUGCGAGUCGUACCGCUGUCCCUGCACCCUAUGACCAACAUCCUCUGAUGAAAUGAGCUGCCCUUUCCACCACACCCCUCUCAGGAGGAAUCUGUCAGCCUCCAGGCUCCAAACCUUGUCAGUGUCUGUUAAAGCCAUCCUUUGAGUGACUACCAUAUCUUAUCUUCUUACCUUCUCCCCUUCCCAUGUGUGGUCCAGCCUGUUCCGCCAAAGUUUUCAAGGUGGUCACUCUGGUCAGAUUGGUAUGUCGGUUUCACAGGAAGUCACUUCUCCUUGUUUCUCAUCUCACCCGCUUGAAGGCCCUGUUGGGUCGAACGAAUAGGGCCUUCCUUUACAGAUGUUCUGCUUUAAUCCUUUGUAACCUUUCAAAUGAAAGGUAGAUGCAUAUGUAAAAAUUUGGUUUAUGUCAUUGAUUCAUGAUUGUACUCUUUGCAUCAAUGGUUUCCACCUACAUCUUUUCAUAGAGUUGCUGUGAUAUGAUCUACUUGUGUGGAGUUUUUUAUCGUAAGAAAUGUUUGAAAAAGGUGGGAUUGUCUGAAUAUUACUGGUGAUUUGUUCUCACAUAGAACACCGAUCAAUCAUAUGCAGAUUGCCUUAUUUCAUACCAU